AUGAACACAUUAGAAAUUAUCAUCAAUGCGGUCGCCGUGAUCAUCGAGUUAUCGCUGGCCGCCCUCAUCCUCUACGUCAUCCACAAGGCCAUCCUAGCCAGAAAGAAGAAGAAGCCCGGCAAGAAUUCGUCGCAGAAUAGGAAGGCCGAUAAGCACGCCAAAAAAGCGAAAAACUCGCCGACAAAUGAGGCGCAAUCGGCGCCCCGCGAAAAGACGGCCACCAAGAAAUCACCGGUGGUCCCUGGGGAGAAGUUAAAGGCAGACGCCGACGCGGCCGCAGAAAAGGACCUCGAAAAAUUAUUAGACGAGCGGACGAACAACAGCAAAUCGGUCGAUGGCGGCCCGCAGGCUGGGCCAGAAAAAGAAAAGAAGGAUCCACGCCUGUUCAUCGCGGCUAUGCCGGACGGCGGGACGACGGAUGCGCCCGACACGAAGCGGACGCAACACACCACCCAUACCACAGAAAAGUCCGAAGACCAGAAA